AUUUCAUUUGGUGAGUUUCUUCUCCUCUGUCUUUCUUUCACCUUUCCAGGAAAUAACAGUGUGCAAUAUCUUUCAUCUUUCUCCUCCCUGAAGAGAAGACUGCCCAGCAGACACAGAGAAGCAGAGUCAGCGUUUCAGCCCUAUAUGAUGUCACAGACUCCCUGACCUAACCCACCCAGCGAAACACACUCGCACAUAACAAAUUCUAAACCGCUGAAGAAUUAAGGAAAUCAAAUGCAUCUAACAACUCAGUUUUUUUUUUUUUCAUCUAGACAUACUCCUGCAUCAGGCACAUUCACUUUAAACUCUGACUUACAGUAGGUGAGAAAGAGCGUCAUCGCCACAGAGGAAAACUCUGUUUCACUGCUGAACUCAAGUUUGAGAAAAUCACAGAAAAUGUAAAGCAACUCUGCAGCUGGCAUUCAAAGUCUAACUUUUUUUUUCUGUAUGAUGCCUUGGAAUUUGGGGUUACAAUUUUAAAAAUUGGCUGUAGAGAGGGAGCUUCCAGACAGACAGCAAGUGAGAAUGGUGAGGGACCGGCAGGAAAGAGUUAGAGUGACGAAAGAAGGCAAGGGGGCAGAACAUGUGAGAAGCGGAGACAGAAAGAGAGAGCGAAAAAAAUAGGUGAAGAUAGUUACAGUGACGGGAGGGAAAGGGGGAGAUGGGGAGGUUGAAUGUGUUAAUACACAGGAACACUGCAUCAAACCAAUGCACUGCUCUGAGGCUGGCUGAGCAGCUGAGAGGAGUGCGUCAGCAGUACAUUCACGUUCCCACUGAAGGACAAAGGGAGGGGGCAGAGCAAGCAUCUUAGCUGCCUGCAACACCGACACACAUUGGGGUGGGGGGAGGUUGAAGGGUGGAAGAGGGAGAUUGGAGAAUAAACAAGAAGAAGAGAUGAGGAUAAGAAUGCUGCUCCUGCUGUUUCUGUGACGGUGGGCUGGAUGUGAGAGUGGCUUGCCAUUUCUCUCUUGAAAACUCUGCUUUGCGCACUCUAUCUUUCUUUUGCUCUUGAUCUAUCAGGGAUUCUUUCUCUCCUUUUCUUUUAAAGCUCCCUCAUGCCCUCUCUCUCUCUGCCACUCCGACUACUGCAGUAGUCCACCAGCCAGCCGCAACUCUGACAGCCACACACAUGGCUAACUGCCACAACUUACUCCCUCAGCCCUGGAGAAAGAAAUAACAAAAAUGCAGGCAAAGGGAUAUUGCAGGAGACAGUCCGGGAAACAAAACAAACAGCGGAGAAAAUAAUUCCCAACAUCUUUCCUUGUUUAAGGAUACAGAUACGGAACCCACUUUCACUGCUAUCCUCCAGCGUCAUCUUUUUCCUUCUCUCUUAUUGCAGAGGAGGACAAGAGUGCUCUCUCUCUCGCUUUCCCUCUCUCUUCCAUCAGCCUUUUGCAAAGCUCCAACAGUGCAGCGUAUCCCCCCUUUCACAAAGCGCCACCAUCUCUCCCACCACCUUCUACCCCCCUCCCCCCAGGAGGAAUAGACGGAUUACUGCUAACUGUGCACACGGCAGCUUGCAGCUGCUCUGACCAGGGCCAGCCCAACGUUAGGAGAAAGCAAGAGGAAAGCAAAGGAUGAGCGAAAACAGUGAUGACUGUGCCGGGAGUUCUUUGGUCUUUUUUUGUCUCCAAAUCUCUGUCACAACAGGGCUAAUCAGCGACCGACAAGCCCUUGGCAAAGUCAUAGUAAGGGAGGUCUCUCACCCAGACAGGCAACCAACCAACGAGCCAACACAUGCACCAAGAGCUGACAGAGAGGGGCAUUUUUUUCUUUAAUUUCAGUUAGUCCCAUCUUUUCUCCUCCUCUGUGGCAAUCAGCUACGUAAUGGAUCAUUGUGAUUUAUCCCCGGUGGAGCUGCAUUUUGGAAUCUGUAGUCUGGCAAGAGAAGAGUCGGUGGAGAAAGAAAGGAUCUAAGCACCUGCUAAGAUGUCAUGGCCUUACCUUUUGCUGUGAGUGUUUUCUAAGCUGCUUUUUAUUUUAAAUUUUAAAAAACCAUUUUAAUCCUCGGCUAAUAAAGAGUCACAUUACUUUUUCAAAAGAAAAGGACAAGAAAGCAUUUAUCUUCUAUCAUUUCAUGGAAAGGAUUUAUCAGUGAAUUUGACGCAUGGUUGUUCCUUUUAACUUUUUGGAAAAAAAGAGGACCUUUAAACUAAUGAGCAUCUUCCUGUACUGUCGAUGGAACUUGGGAGCCUUCAGCUGCCCCAGCCAGGCUAGGGUGGUCUGUCCUUCGGUGUGUCCCAUCUCCCCCCACCAUGCAGAAUAAUGAGCCCUCCACACCAUGAGUCCGUUGGCCCAGGUUAAUGUGCAGUCUACCUGGAACACAGCCCUGCUCGCCGUGCUUUCCCUCAUGGUGCCUGCUCUCAGUAUGUGCCAGUCGACAGGCCCUGAGUUGGGCUCAACAAUCUCACAGAACUGUCCAGGUGUGUGCUCCUGCACUAACCAGCUCAGCAAGGUGGUGUGCACCCGUAGAGGCCUGAUUAGGGUUCCUCCGAACAUCCCAGCCAACACCAGGUACCUGAACCUGAUGGAGAACAGUAUAGAGACCAUACAGGCAGAUACCUUCAGACAUUUGCAUCAUCUGGAGGUGUUGCAGUUGGGCAGAAAUGCAAUCAGGCAGAUUGAAGUGGGGGCUUUUAAUGGUUUGACCAGCCUCAAUACCCUGGAGUUGUUUGACAAUAGACUAACAGUCAUACCAAGUGGAGCUUUUGAGUAUCUUUCAAAACUGAGAGAACUGUGGCUCAGAAAUAAUCCAAUUGAGAGCAUUCCCUCUUAUGCCUUUAACCGAGUUCCCUCACUCAUGAGACUAGACCUGGGAGAGCUGAGGAAGUUGGAGUACAUCUCUGAAGGGGCUUUUGAGGGCCUUCAUAACCUCAAGUACCUGAAUUUAGGGAUGUGCAGUUUGAGGGAAUUUCCAAAUUUGUCACCUCUCUUAGGAUUGGAGGAGUUGGAGAUUUCUGCAAAUGUUUUUCCAGAGCUAAAGCCUGGGGCCUUUCAUGGGCUUAAGAAUUUACGUAAACUUUGGAUUAUGAACUCUGCCAUUACAAUCAUUGAGAGGAAUGCAUUUGAUGACAUCACUGCUUUGGUGGAGCUGAAUCUAGCCCAUAAUAAUUUAUCAUCCCUUCCCCAUAACCUAUUCACCCCUCUACAGUAUCUGGUGGAGCUACAUCUACACCACAACCCUUGGCGCUGUGAUUGUGAUGUAGUUUGGGUCUCCUGGUGGCUCAGAGAAAAUAUUCCUACAAAUUCCACCUGUUGUGGACGCUGCCACACUCCAGCCCAGAUGAGAGGAAAAUACUUAGUGGAAGUUGAUCAAACAACAUUUCAGUGUUCAGCACCAGUCAUACUCGAUGCUCCAAGAGACCUGAACAUUUCUGCAGCAAGGGUGGCAGAAAUGAAGUGUCGCACAGCAGCUAUGAGCUCUGUCCGAUGGCUUCUCCCCAAUGGGACUGUGUUAACCCAUGGCUCAGCUCACCCAAGGAUAUGUGUUCUCAAUGAUGGAACACUCAACUUUUCCAAUGUUCUCCCAUCAGACACGGGGGUGUACACUUGCAUGGUGAGCAACAUGGCAGGCAAUUCCAAUGCUUCUGCCUAUCUAAAUGUUAGCAAUGCCGAACUUAACACAUCAAACCUAUCCUAUUUUACCACUGUAACAGUGGAAGUGUUGGAACCCACAGUGGAGGAGACCCCCAAGCCCAAGCCAACUUUACCUGCCUCACCCUCUGUUUUUCAACCUGUCUUUAUCUCCACACCAACUGUGCUGUUUCAGAAUACCCAAACUCCAAGGCAGGUGUCAGUUCCCACAGCCAGAGUCCCUAGCGGGCCACCUGCCAGUCUGGAUGAGAUGAUGAAAACCACGAAAAUCAUCAUUGGCUGUUUUGUAGCUGUUACCUUACUAGCAGCCGCCAUGUUGAUAGCAUUCUAUAAAUUGCGUAAGAGGCAUCAGCAAAGGAGUACUGUGGCUGCAGCCAGGACCAUAGAAAUCAUACAAAUGGAAGAAGAGGUUCCACCUGUUCCACCACCUACAUCCGGAUCUAGUGGCUCUGACGACACAGGCUUGGUACUGCCAACGUUAGUGGAACACAACAGCAACACAUUUAAGCCUGGGUAUGUGUCUUCUUCAUCACGACAAGGGAGCUAUGGGGCCCAUUGGACCCAGAACAACUCUCUCCAUCGCUCAGUUAGACAGCAUCAUAGCCACAUCAGUGUCAUUGCUGAUCCCUAUGUCAUAAUGACCUCUAACAGCAAGGAGAAGGUUCAGGAGACCCAAAUCUGAAUUAUACUCCAUGUGAAUCUAUUUAUGACUCUGUCCAAACCUCUGCUCUCGAAUCUGCUCAUACGUCCAUGCAAUAUAAUGCACAAAGAAGAAAAUGUUAACUUUAUUUUGUACAGAAGUGCAAAACAGACUUUUUUCUUGUAUAUGCCUAUACAUACAUAUAUAAAUAUGAAAAAAAAAAAAAUAUAUAUAUAUAUGACUGAAACUACAGCCAAGCAGUGGUAAAAAAUGCAGAAUAUAUUAAGAAACAAAGUAAUUUGAAACUAUUUUCUAUCUGGUGACUUUUAUUUCAAAAGCAUAAAAGAAGUUGUUUUUCUGACUGAAAAUAGAGUGGCACUGUCUAAUGUAAGUAAAGAGGCAUUCUGUUUGUUUUCACCAUGUUUAGGGAAAAGUAAAUCUCAUCAUAAAGGCACCAGUUUCUGUUUUUACUGUGCCAAAUAUAAUAUGCAAUAGAAUAGAAUUCCCUAACUAAAGAACACAAAAAGACAUAUAAGUAAAUAUAGAAAUAGAUAUAAACAUUUGUCCAAUAGCAACAAAAUGGCACAGAUAGAUUGUGCUGUUCAGUAGCUAUCAGCCAAAUGCUUUUGGUCUGCAGUGAAUUCCUGCAGCUAAGGUUUAACCCUGUGUUUGCUGGCGUUAGGUUGUCCUUCUUUGACAGUGCCGGUGCCUUUUUUGUAGCGCAUCUAAACAUGUUUAUUUAAAGUGUACAUGAUUCCCCACUGGUUUAACUGGCAAAGGUGGCAUGCUGUCCAAUAACAACUGUUAUAAAAUAUUUAUUUUCUGUCAUUGGUUGCAUUUUGUAUUAUUUUCCCUUUAGGAACUUGAUAGCUUCUUAAUGGCUUGUGUAGUGUUUAGGGCUAAUUUAGUAAUGCAUUACAACAGUUGCCUGGCUCGUCUCUGCAAGGGCUCAUUCCAACGCUAUUUUUUUCAAAAGAACAAAUAUGUUUUGCAUUAAAAUGUGGUUUUGCUAAUGAUUCUAGUUUUGGGGGGAAAACAUGCAGAGGAUUGAAGUCAAGCAAACGAAUGUCUGAUACUGGAGCUUUUCUAUGGACUAAACUAAAAAAUAUAUUUUGUUUUAUUUUUACCUUUGAUUUUUAACAACACUAUUUUUAUGGAGCAACAAAGGAGGCAAUGCAAAUAAUAAAAAAACACCAUUUGGUUUGUAUUUCUCUAAUCUGAAAGAUUUUCAUCUAAUGUUUUUCCUUCUCUCAGUAUCUCUAUAUUUGUGUAAGUUUAGUCUUAAAGGCAGAAGGCAGUAAUGUAAAUGGUAUCUUACCCCACUCCCCUAUUGUACGGUCCUAUGCAUUUACUUAGUGUUUGCAUGAAUGGGUCUUUAAGUAAUUGGUGUACAAUGCUGCAUUAUACCCCACAGUGGGUCUCUAUGCAGGUCAGAUAGGCUGCUGGUCUUUGAUGCCUCAGCUUAGUUCUUAACAUUGAUUUCUCAGUGACUGAAGGGGAAGCAUACAUGUCUUUUACAUUCCUUUUCUUAUGUGCUCAUCCUCAGACCUAAUUAUGUUCUGGAUCUGAUAUUAAUUCAGUAAAGAAAAAUGUUUAUGUUGUGUUAUAUAUUAAUUACAGCACAAGGCAACCAAUUUGCAAUGUCACCUAAUAACAGAAAAGCUAUUUGUUUUCAAUUAUAUCCUUUUUUUAACAGAUGCUAUAUGUGUCAGUGUAUUUCUGAGCAAUGAUCUUGAUGUCAUGCAGCUACAAGGCCAGCUACCAUUACUGUGGCUUGUUUCUGUGAUAAUUUAAAUGCCUCUUCUAUGAUGUUAAACUGUUGCCAUUUCUACAGUCACUCAGCAGUUUUCCAUAUAUUGUAAUGAUUUGACACAUGCUAGUCAACAAUGUAGGUUACUGGUCAUUUGAAAGUUUUAUAUUUUAGUGCAAUUUUUCUAAUGCUGAAGGAACUUGAUAUAAGAGAUAAUUAAAAUAUGAUACCUGUGAUAAAAAUAAAGCAUUGUGAAUUGAUAGUA